AUGAGCAUAAUUUUCGGUGUCACUGCUCUAACAGAACCACACAAUGCUGACUACUUAGCACAAGUAAUUAUUCAUAUGAGAGAAAAAUGGGACAUCACAAGUGAAAAAGUGGUAGCGUUUACCACGGCCAAUGGCGCUAAUAUCGUUAAAGCAGUCACAAAUGUCUAUGGCAAAAAUAAACACAUGCCAUUUUUUGCUCAUACACUAAACCUAGUAGCAUCAAAACCAUUUGACAAUAAGAAUGGCCUUGACGAAACCAAGAGUUUAUUAACAGCUGUUAACAAAGCACGAGAUGUUAUUACAGCCAGAGAUGUCGUGGUCAUGGAGAACACAGAUGACAGCUCCGCGACAACCAUCACUAUUGAUGAGAGCAGACCACCCAAAGAAGCAGAAGAGGAACACGACUCUGUUAGUGAGGAACAGGAUACCAGUGACAACCCGAUGGAUGAGACAUUCAUACCGAAUGAAUCUUCUAAUGACACUGAUGAUAGUUACUGUGAUACUUUAUCACCAGAUGACCUGGAUGUCCUCCCCACGCAAUGUGACACUAAUUUGCCUGAAAAACGUAUGAGCUGGGAACAGGAACAAGCGAGAUUGGCAGCUUUGUUAGAAGAAAUAAUAUCGGAUAACGAAGAUAAUGUUGCAGUGGAAAGUGAUGCCAGAUUGGAUGAAGAUUUUAUUCAAGAAUCGGAUCAUAAUUCUUUAUCAGAACAGGAUAUUUUAUCGGAGUUUUAA